ACUCACCGACCAGUUGUCUCACGGACGCGGCCACAGCUUCCCGCCCGCCGGGCCCAGCCGCGGGGAGAAAAGGCGAAGGGAGGGCGCCCGCUGAGGGCCUCGAAUCGCUAAAGGAGGAGCUGCGCCUGGUGGCACGCCCCGCGGCCGCCGGAGCGCUGCGAGCUCGGCGGGGGCGGGGAGAGAAGCGGGCCGCAGGGAGUGGUGAGCCGCGAGGUCGCAGCACGAGCAGGAAGCUGGUGCCGGCCCUGGGGGCUCUGGGCUGCCGGCGGAAGCACAGCCUCCCCGACCUGCCGUACGACUAUGGCGCCCUGGAGCCCCACAUCAACGCGCAGAUCAUGCAGCUGCAUCACAGCAAGCACCACGCGGCCUACGUGAACAACCUGAACAUCGCCGAGGAGAAAUAUCGGGAUGCGCUGGAGAAGGGUGAUGUUACAGCUCAGGUAGCUCUACAGCCUGCAAUAAAGUUCAACGGUGGAGGCCAUAUCAAUCAUAGCAUUUUCUGGACAAAUCUGAGCCCUAACGGUGGUGGAGAACCCGAAGGGGAGUUGCUGGAAGCCAUCAAACGUGACUUUGGUUCCUUCAAGAACUUUAAGGAGAAGUUGACCGCCGUAUCCGUUGGUGUCCAAGGCUCAGGCUGGGGUUGGCUCGGUUUCAAUAAGGAACAGGGACGCUUACAGAUUGCUGCUUGUUCUAACCAGGAUCCCCUGCAAGGAACAACAGGUCUUAUUCCACUGCUGGGAAUCGAUGUGUGGGAGCAUGCUUAUUACCUUCAGUAUAAAAAUGUCAGGCCUGAUUAUCUGAAAGCCAUUUGGAAGGUAAUCAGCUGGGAGAAUGUAACUGCGAGAUACAUGGCUGGCAAAAAGUAACACAUCAGCCUUACACUGAGUACAUCGAGCUCUUUAUGACCAGUUUUGUAGUAGUGCAGAGAACCACAUAUACCAGUAAGCUGCUCCAUUGUAGUGUUUCUGAGUGUGGCUUACUCAAAUAUUUGAUAAACAUAAUUUAGUGCUGUGAAUAAUCUCUUUUAAAAGCUUGUUAUUAGGCAACUGUUUGAAAAUGUUAAAUGCUUUGUAUGAUUUAAUCUUUUGAUUGAACAUUUUCUUCAGAGAGCUAUAAUAGCUAGGAGAUUAUAAUUUUCAUCAUAAAACCAUGAAGAAUGUUUCAUCCCUAUACUGUUGGGGUGUCUAAGGAAGCCUUUCUAAUCCUGUUCUAUUGCAGUUACAGAAAAUCUGGUCUUUUGCCCCAUUCGUUUAAUAAUAAAAUAUUAAAUUUAUUUCCCAAGGGAAAUAUUCAGUUUUCUAUUGAAAAUUGCUCUUUUUGUAAGUAAUCAUCUGUCCAGUAUUACUUCUGGUGGAUAUCACCCAGCGGUCUUUAGUUACUUAUGAUCACAGGUUAUACAGGGUUAACACUAACCAUUUUGUCAUUAAAAAUAUAUAUAACUUGAUUGCUAAUUGAGAAUUGCUUUAUUAUGAGAAGGAAAUAGUAGUGCCUCUGAAUUUUUCUGUAGACAGAAAAAGACUUCUGUGAAAUUUUGUCCUCAAACACAGAAAUGUGUGUUGUCAAAGUGCUCAAAGUGGACAAAUUAGGGCCUAGUUAAUAAAGUCAAUGAUAGGGAUGGGCCACAAAUCUGCUGGCCAGACACUUGCCCCUCUUCUUUUGGGCCUGUUCAUGAAGCAUCCCUCUCAAGAGAACCAGACCUGGGUCAGGGCCUGCAUUCCCAAGUAAUGAAAGACAAAUUGGUUUCAGGACGCAGUCAGGAGCAUGCCUCUCUCAGGAACAUUUAUUUUCAAAGAUUUGUUUUUGAGUUAUUUCAUCCAUUUUGAUGUUUUUUGUUUCUUCUAGAAAAUGUACAAUCGCUAUAGAAGCUUUAUAUUGUUUUAUUGGUUUUUCCAAUAAAGGGAAAACCGUAUCCCUCAUAUAGUGACAGGGCAGUCAAAUUACAUUCCUGUUGAGUUUUUGCGAGUGGAGCUGUGCAAUGCAGCAGGGUCCUGUCUGUCUUUGGCUUCACAGUGUCAGGUGGUCCAUGUUCUUCGUCAUCUUCUCUCCUUAUCGUUAAUAGCUGUAUAGUAUUUUAUCAAUUGGACAUUUCCUAAUAUAUUUCACAGUUUUGUUACUGAAGAUUUCAUUUGUUUCUAAUCUGAUGAUUACAGGUAAUGCUAUUCUGAUACCCCACACAGGUUUUACCUUCUACUGGAAUAUUUUCUCUAUGUAGGUUUUUUCCUUAAACCUAUUUUAGUAAGAGGGUGUUUUCUCAAGUUUAUUUUUUCAUUUAAAAAAAUUUCCCCCUAACUUUAUUAUCCUAUUUUUUUUUCCCAUGGAAAAAUGGAGUGACUUAGCAGUUUCAAUAUUGAAGACUGAAGUUUUAAAAAAAAUUUAAAUUCAAGGCACUUUUCUUUUAGAAUUCAAUUAGAAAAGUAUUUAGGCUUUCUGAAUUGUCAACAGCGUUGAUGAGACUAGUGUUAACUGUGUAUGUGUGUGUGUGCUUGUGGAUGGAACACACUUCAGAGACGAUGAUUGCCAUCCUUUCUAUACCACAGUAAAAUGGCUUUAAUGGGGCACAACUGAGAGUCGUGUGACUGCUCCUUACCUAUAUCCUGUACACACAUGUAUAUGCCUAUAUGUAUAUUAACAAGGCAGUGUGUGUGUGUGAUGGCUGAUUACAUAUACCCUAUACACACAUAUAUAUGCCUAUGUAUAUAAACAAGGCAGUGAACUCUGUGUAAACAGACCAUUGAGAAAAUAGGACCUUUUUGAAAGAUGGGCUUUUGAAUACAAGUAGUCUUCUAGAUCAUGAACUAACAAAGAUAUGCAGAGACUACUGACUUAUAUAAAGCUUUUGGACUCUCAUUAAGCUUUAAGGUUAAAAAAAUAUUCAAUGUUGAAAUUUCUAUGGGGCUCUAUUUUUGCUUUGAUUUUAUCAUGUGAGAACAAGGGAAAGCAUACUGUCCUCCACUGCAGUUUUGGAUUUUAAGAGACUAAGAUAACAUACAGAGUAGAGAUUUUAAUCAUCCAGCAGAAAAUGAGACUCUGUUAGAUUCUGUUUAGCCCUGUUUUUCAAAAUAGAAAAGAAACAGAAAAGGUAAAACAACCGUUUCUUCUGGAAAGAGCAAGUACUGUUCACCCAGGAAGGAUUUUUGUGACUGAAUCAGCAGUGCCUGCUCUAGUCAUAGAUGGGCUUCAAAAAUCUUAGCAUGAUUGGUGCUGCAGGGGAACAGGAUGCAGAACAAAUGCUGUCUGUGAAAUAGUAUCUGUUGCUCGAACUGUUGUGUAAUAAUUAAACUUUGAUAUUGAGAAGUUACAACUUCAUUACACAGCUCAGAUUCAUGAUUCUAAAAUGAGAUUUGAAUUUCUGUGGAGUGCCUUUAAAAAGUAACAUCAAAAUCAUAAAAUUAAGAUUGAUGUGUGUUGUCAGUCAUAUCUAAAACUAGGUAUAAAUACAAAUUUUGUUUCCUGUUUUAAUUUCAGGGGAACUACUGUUUGGGAAAGCUGUUCGGUAACUUUUAUAAUUCACUGUCUCUCUUUUUCAGUCAUACCCCAAUGAUCCCAGCAGGCUAAUGCCCUGUGUUCUAAGGUACACAUGGUACAUACUAAAAAUCCUGUAAGGUCCUGGAGAGUUUUCAUUUAAUUAUUCAUUAAAGAAGCAUUUAUUUUCAUAUUGUAAGUGUGAAGCUUUUUGAUUAUUAAUAAAAGAAUCUGUUAACCAUCAAAGAAA